AAAAAAGUGUUCAGUCCACAUCAUCACAUUCGUGGCAUAUGAUGUAGUUAGUUUCUCAUAUAAUGAAAUGCUGCUUUAGGAUACUUAAUCACAGUAGUAACAAAAAUCUAAAAUUGAUCAUUACCAAACUUUAAGAUACGUUAUUGAAUUAGACAGUGUGCCCAAUCAUGUCUACAAGUACAAUAAAUUUGAAAGACAAAUUAGAUGGUCAUGAGUUGGAUCUUAGCCUCAACGAGUUGUCAGAAGUCCCUGUUAAGGAAUUGGCUGCUCUUCCUAAAGCAACUCAUAUUGACUUAUCAUGCAACAAGAUUUCCAGUUUGCCAAGUAAUUUUGCUACCUUGAAUCACAUUAUAAGACUGGACUUGAGCAAAAAUGAUUUAAAAGAGCUGCCGCACAACAUUGGAAAUAUGACUCGGCUUCAGCACUUGGAUUUGUAUGGCAAUAAGUUGACGAUGUUGCCUCUCACCUUCUGUCGACUAAAGAACUUGAAAUGGUUAGAUUUGAAAAACAACCCAUUGGAACCAAAACUUAAGGUCGUCGCUGGUGAUUGUCUGGAUGAGAAACAAUGUCAACAGUGUGCCAAAAAGGUUGUAGCCUUCAUGCAGAGCAUAGAAUCAGACUUGGAACGUGAGAAGCAAAAAAGACUAAAGGAAGAACGUGAAAGAGAAGCUGCCAAAAAAGCAGCUGAGGAAAAGGAACAGGAGCGUCAAAGAAAACUGAAAAAGGCCGAAAAGGAACGACGGAAGGCUGAACAAAAGGCUCAAAAGGAACGUAUCAGGAUGCAACAGUUGGAGAAAGAUCUGGAAAAAGAAUUUAUUGACGAUAAACAAACAAAUGGCAUUCCUCCCAAGGAAGAGAAGAAAAAAGAGAAAGGGUCCUGUCUCAGAUCCUUCCUAGUGACUGUUUCGCUCUUGAUAUUGUCUGUGACAGGAUACUUCAUAGUCCUCUGUGUGUACAUGGGACAUAAAAUUAGAUCUACAGAUGACUUAAUCUACGCUGCAGAAGACGUGUGGUACUUCUCAAAGUCUAAAACUGUUUUGUGGUGGCUAGUCUUAACAGAUUAUUGUACACCGUUGUGGGAAACUUCACAACAUGUUGCAAGAAGCACGUGGAGCGUAUUACAGAACUACUCUACAUAUACAUGGGAGGCUUGUGGAGUCUAUACUGAUGCCUUGAAAAACGUUUUGCUCUCUGGUAUUGGUAAAAUUUAUGAAUUUUUCAGAGAAAAGUAAUGGUUAAGUCAUUGGGUCCAUUUUGGUUACAAUACUUAGUCAUUUUCAUUGUAUAAUUCUUGGAAUAUUUGUCAGUGUUAAGUAUGUUUUGUGGCAAGAUUCACAAUAUUAAAGUAUGUUCCGAUUAUGAAGGAAAUACUACUGACUCAAAAAGUGCUUCUGUUUGGUGUACUUUUCCAUAGAAGAGACUCUACACCUCUUUUUUUUUCUUUUUUUUUCACCCCAUUUUUAAAAGAUUUUGUUUGUUUUUAACAUGUCACAAACAAAGAUGUCAAAAAUGUAUGAUUGAUAAUAAUUGAAACAAAAUAGCUUUGAGCUGAAAUUUGAAAGAAAUAUAUUAAAUUUAUUCCAAAUAUAGAAUCAUUCCAUUACUGAAAUUUUUUUAAUUAAAAUGAUGCUGCCAAUGAAGAACAGAAGCUUUAAACUGGUAAAUAUAUUUUUUUGUGUUAGAUACAGUAUUUUGGGAAAAGGAGAUGUGUAUUUUUUUUCAGAAAUAAUAAAAAACCCUUAAAUCUUUAUGCAAACAA